CUAUCAGAUGCUUCAUCUGUAAAACCCUUCGACCUGAAGUACUGUCGAAGCAAACUAGAAGAUCAUUACCGAAAAACAGCAACUGUGCCCACUUCCGUUUGGUGUAAAAAAUCUGUUGUCGACAUUCACCAGAUCUACACACGACUGUCCUGGGUGAAAGAGAACCAAACCCCAGCUGGAACAACACAGUCUGAGCUGAAGCAUUACAGUGAUCUUUUCACUGAAAACAAGAACGGCGUCAUUCCAAAGAGAAUACUAGUACAAGGGCAGACGGGAAUUGGAAAGAGCACGUUUGUUAAGAAGCUGCUUGUGGACUGGGUUGAUGAGUAUGCAACUGUUCUGAAGAAUUUUGAGCUUGUGGUUGCUGUAAAUCUGAAGGAAGUGUCCAAAUGCCAAAGCCUUAAAGAUGUCAUAAGACUCUCUAAUGUGUUUGCAAAAGAGGACAAAUGUAUGACAGAGGGCCUUGUUGAUUAUAUCACUAACAACCAAGAAAAAGCUCUUUUGAUAUUUGACGGUUACGACGAAUACCGCAGUGGACUCGAUUCAGAAAUAUACGAAAUUUUUAGCGGAAAGAGCUUGAGAAGCUGUUGUGUGUUGAUAACAACUCGUAUUUCAAAAGCUGACGAGCUACGAGGAGGUGAAGAUCUGCAUGCUGAAAUAACAGGGUUUAGUGAAGUGGACAGAGAACAGUUUAUGCGUAGAUUCCUCAACAGCGAAGAAGUGUCAAAUUUACAGGCUCACUUGUAUACGAGAGAGCUCGAGGAACUGGCAAAAGUCCCUUUACUUCUCCUGUUAUUCUGUAUUCUGUGGAAAGAGGGGCAGUCAAAAAGCUUUCCAAAAUCUAAAACUAAAUUGUACGUGGACAUCGUCCAGUUCGUUUUAAAUCACAGCCAUAGUAAGCAAACAGCUGAUAAAACAAAAACAAAGCAGUAUGUAGAGCUAAAAUCUUUCAAAGAGAUCCUUUCGGAAAUAGGAAAAGUUGCUCUACAAAGCCUUUUGAACGAUGAUCAUUUGUUUGAAUACAGCCAAUUGUCAGAUUCUGUCCGUUGCGAUGAAAGUGUCUUCAUCGGUUUGCUUCAAAUCACAGAAUACUCAGAAACCUUAGGACCAGUUGGAAUGGUUUCCUUUAUUCACAAGAGCAUACAGGAGUUUCUGGCUGCAUGGUACAUCACCUAUAAAUGUAUACCUGAAGGCGGGAAUCUCGGUGAAAUUGGUGUGAAGUUAGAGGAAUGCUUGGAUGUACAGAACGUUUUCCAGUUUAUGUGUGGUCUGAGUGACGAUGGAGCAUUGGCGGCCUUGAGGCAUUUCAAGUCUGUCAGAAUCUCAGAUCCUUCGCUGGAUUUAUCUAAGGCAAUACCGCAUGGAGGAAACAAAACAGAUGUGCCUCUGAAUGUCGUCACAACCCGUCAAUGGAAGUUCAACGAUUUGGUUUUAAAUUCAUUUGGCGAAGUUGAAUCUAAAGCUGAGCUUUCACGAAUUUGUUUGGAUUGCGUUGGGAGUGUCUUUCUUUAUUCACUGGCAACAAGAUCUCUUCCUAAAGAACUUCUGAUUAAAGCAACGGAUACCAAUUCUUUUUCUCUGAUUAUUAGAAAAGUAGGCGAGUCACUGAAUAAGAUAGUUAAAAUACUGGUUAGUAAAAGUUCCAAAACUUUCAACGUUGCAGAUUUCUUAGAAAAAUUCGAAAAUUCAUCUCGUUUGUCUGGAUGUAAAAAUUGUUGGUUUGCUUCAAUACUUUGUUUUCGUAACGGCCAGGUUUACUUUUACAUCACGGACUUGGUAUUGUCGUGCCUUCCCCACGCCAGGCUAUUUACUGACAAAGUUAAUUUUUCUGUUUUAAGCUCAGCACUUAACUUUUUGCGUAAUCUUGACUUCUCCCUUACUGAAUACCUGAAUACUGACUCUAUCUGUCAUCUCUUGAAGCAAGUAUCAAAUCCGCACAGAUGCAUUCUUUCUAUCAAGGGUUGUUCCUUAACGUCAAAAGGAGCAGUAGAGUUUGCAUCUGUGUUGCCAAGGUUUCAAACACUCACUCGUCUUGACCUUCACUUGGCCGAAUGCUCUGCAGAAGCAGUAUCAACAUUGGUUGCUGCUAUUAAACACGAGUCUCUCGUGGAACUGGAACUAAGUGAAAUUAUCCUGACGCCAGCAGUUGUCGAGUCACUCAGUCAGUCGCUUCCAGAAUUAACAGCCUUAGAAAUACUGCGAAUGAAAGGUUCGAGUGGAUGCAAUCUGCACUUAGAUAUUCCAGUUUACAGUUCGUCGUUUGGAACACUAUCGAUAACAGGCUUGACUGAAAACGCUGCAAAAGCAAUAACAAGACUUUUUGAUGUUUUUAAGCACAAACCUCUGGGUGUAGUGGAACUGAGUGUAAUCAAGCUGACGUCAAAAUUAGCGGACGCUCUCGGGCAGUUUUUGCCUGAGUUAUCAGUCUUAAGAAGACUGAGCAUAAGUUCCUUGAAUGAGUGCUCUGAUGAAGCAGCAACAAAAUUGGUUGCCGUUAUCAAACACAAGACUCUCGAGCACCUGGAACUGAGUGAAAUCAACCUGACGUCAGCAGCUGCCGAGGCGCUCUGUCAGAUGUUGCGUGAAACAUCAUCCUUAAAAACACUGGAGUUAUUUGGCUCAGAUGGAUGCACUUUGCGGUUAUCGUUUGCAGUUUCCAUUUGGUAUAGACCAAGACUGGAAAUACGUGGCUCGACUGACAGCUGUGCUGAAGGAGUGUUAAGUUUGAUUGGGGUAAUCAAGAACAGGACAAUUGAGGAACUGAAACUGAGUAACAUCGACCUGACAUCAGCAGUAGCCGAGUCGCUUGCUCAGUUGCUGCCUGAAUUAUCAGCCUUACGAAAACUGAGCUUAGAUUCCUUGACUGAGUGUUCUGAUGAAGCAGUAACAAAAUUGGUUGCCUCUAUUAAGCGCAAGAAUCUCGAUCAACUGUUUCUGCAUGGAAUCAAGCUAACGUCAGCAGCAGCCGAGGCGCUCAGUCAGGUGCUGCCUGAAUUAUCAACCUUACGAACACUGAGCUUAGGUUUCUUGACUGAGUGUUCUGAUGAAGCAGUAACAAAAUUGGUUGCCUCUAUUAAGCACAAGAAUCUCGAUCAACUGUAUCUACAUGGAAUCAACGUGACGUCAGCAGCAGCCGAGGCGCUCGGUCAGUUGCUGCCUGAAUUAUCAGCCUUACGAACACUGAGCUUAGGUUUCUUGACUGAGUGUUCUGAUGAAGCAGUAACAAAGUUGGUUGCCUCUAUCAAGCACAAGAAUCUCGCUCAACUGUAUCUGCUUGGAAUCAACCUGACGUCAGCAGUAGCCCUGGCGCUCGGUCAGUUUUUGCGUGAACCAUCAUCCUUACAAACAUUGGAGUUAUGUUUCUCAGAUGGAUGCACUUUGUUGUUAUCGUUUGCAGUUUCCAUUCGGACAAAAGCAACACUGAACAUACGAGGCUUGACUGAAAGCUCUGCUGAAGUAGUGUUAAGUUUGGUUGAGGUAAUCAAGAACAGGAUAAUUAAGGAACUGGAACUGAGUAAUAUCGCCCUGACAUCAGCAGCAGCCGGUUCGCUCGGUCAGUUGGUGACUGAAUUAUCAACCUUACGAAAACUGAGCAUAGGUGCCUCGACUGAGUGUUCUGAUGAAGCAGUAACAAGAUUGGUUGCCACUACUAAGCACAAGACUCUCGAGGAACUGUAUCUGCAUGGAAUCAACCUGACGUCAGCAGCGGCCGAGGCGCUUGGUCAGUUGCUGCUCGAAUUAUCAUCUUUACGAACACUGAGGAUAAGUGGCUCGGAUGGAUGCAGUUUACAGCAUAAGGAACUGGAGGCGCUGUUUGGAAGAUUUAACAGACCCUCUUCUUUGACUGAAUUGUCCAUUACUCGUUUCAGUGCCAGAGGAAGUCUUGAUUCAAUUGCGAACAACCUGUGUUUCUUUCCCAGCUUGAUAAAAUUAGAACUUGAAGACUUAGAUAUCGGUGAAGCUGACUUGUCUGAUUUGCUCGAGAAUUUGAAUUUCACGCCAAAUCUCCUUUUUUUGUCGCUGACGGACAAUCCACUGGGACACGCCGUAAGAUCAAUGGUCCCAUACUUGAUUGAACAGCAAAAACUUCGGGUGGUUUAUAUUCGGCGAGGAGAUUGUUCAGAAGAAGAUUUGAAGUAUGUUCAGGAGGCCGUCGAAGAAAAACGACCUCGACUGAAUAUUGAAACGUUUUAG